AUAAGGUAUAUAUAUUUGUGGAGGCUCCUGCGCGUUGAAUUAGUUUCUAUUUGGAGAAAAUUGAUGAUUUAGACCUGCUAUGAAGACGUCAUUAUCAUGUUCCCAAUGGGCUCGUAAAUAGUUACUUUUGGCAAUUCUUGAACGAACAUCAGAAGUUGGCAUUGCUGUUGUAUGUGGCGAGAAGGUGGGAGAGAACAUUACUGAUUAUUUAAAAAUAAAGGCGUUCGCAUCUAUAUGUGUUACUGUAAUAGCAGAAGAUGAAUAACUGCGAUGUAAUCACAUUGUCUUCGGAUGAUGAAAACACUUCAAUAUUUAAGGAUAAGUAUCCUUUGAAGCAGGUUACAGAAAUGCCACUGCAGUUACAAGUUAAGCCAGAAAAGAGAUGGACAGCGGAAGAUGAUACUUAUUGUAUUAAUGAACCAAAUAAGAGGAUUCAGCCUUUAUGUAUAGCCAGAGAACAUAAGGUGGAAAAGGAAGAUAAAUUCAAAUUCUUUACACAAAACCUUAAACUUAUGCCAAAUAAGAAUGAAGAACACAGAAGUCAAAUUAUAUUUGACGAGUUCCUGAAACUUUGUCGGCAGAAUAAUGAAAGCCCUGAAAUGGAAAAAAUUCUCCAUAAAGCACAUAGUUAUUACAUUAAGGCUAAGCCCGAUUAUACCUCAUCACAAGAAUUCGAGAACUUAGUGAGAUGUAAGAUGAGUGAUAUAAAGAAAAGACCUUGUAGUAUAUAUGUAUAUAUAAAGGACGUUGUUGAUGAAAUUAAAGUUCGAAGAUUGAAGAACUGUGAAGCACCUAGUAAAAGACAGAAAACUUGCAAUGGAUCAUUUCAUGUUCCUAAUAAUUCAGAUGUGGUAGAACCAGGGUGUAGUCAUGCAGAAGAAGAGGAUGAAGAUAAAGCACGAAAGGAUGAAAUUUCUGCGCUAGUGAAUGCUGCAGAAUCGAGAUAUAAAGCCAGAAGGAUUAAGAAACUCUCGAAAGCAAUGGAGCAAUUGCAAAACCGUAUUGCAAAGCUGGAGGAAAAGGAGGUUGUUUUUGAUGAAGAUAAUGAUUCUGCAUACAUCAGACUUGAGAGGUACAAAGCUAGAAUCUGUAAAGUAUACCAGAAGUUGUGUGAGUUGACAGGAGAUUCAUAUGGAGAUAAAGUGACUCAUAGAAGAAUUGCGUUUUCAGGGACCAAAUCAUCAGACAUAAACAGGUGCAUAGAGAGGUUUGUGAACAAAACUGGUCAGUUUCCUGAUUUCCAUGAUAUCUUGGCAUUGGUGAAAAGUGUUCAAGCAGAUGUAAAUAUGAAGCCCGAAGAACUUCGAAGAAUAGCGGAAGAGGCCUUUGUAUCAGUUGGGCAGCAGUUGCAGAAGCAGCGGCAGUAUGAAUCAUGGGAUUCAUUAUCAGUUUUCCUGAAGGAUCAAGCAGAUCCUGCUGAGAGUAAUCCUGAACUGGAAUCCAAGUUGCAGAAUAACUACAAGGAGUAUGCUCCACGCAUUCAAAAUGUGAUUGACAGCUUUGCCGAAAAGCAGGUUACAGAGAAAUUAGUGGCAGAAGAAGUGCCAGAUGAAGAUGCCAACAAGACUGAAGAUAGUGGGCCAGAUGAAUGUGAAGAAGAGGAGGAAGCAGAAGAUGAGAAAGACUUUGUAGAAAAGGUCCUAAGAGGAGAAGAAGAUUUAAGCAUGGAUGAAGAUACAGAAACAGAAAAUCAUGAAGAGAAUGGGAAGUGUGAUGUAUUGGCUGAUGAGGAUGGUUGUGAAAGUAGUCAUAUAUUCCCUGGCCAAGAAGAAAACCCUUUAGAGGUGACAAAUGACUGCAUACAUAUGCAGAACCCCCUUGCAGUAAACACUCAGAGCUGCUGUCCAUCAGCAUCUGUUGCAGAUGUCUGCAUAGCUGGUCAACUUGGACCUGUGUCACCACCUGUCUUAGGAGAAGACUUAAGUAAGCAUGAAUUACAUCAUAUGAAGCUGCCAUCUGAUAAGGAAUACAAUAGUUCUGAAGAAAAAUCAGAUGGGUGCAAUUUUCCAAGUGACACUAAAUGCUUGUCGUCGUUUCAUUCCAGUGAACAUAAUUUACAUGUUUCUGAAUCAUGUUCGUCACCAUUGUCCACUAUAUCCCAUUCUGAACAGUUUAAAAAAUCAGAGUCUAAAUCAUUAAUAUUUUCAAGCAUUACUGAUAGUGAUAGUGUAUCUCACCAUUCAGGACAACAGGAUACAUCCAAUUCUCAUCCAACCUUAUGUACAGCCAUUAUUAAAGAUACUGAUAAUUUACAGUCUCCUCAUUUACAGCUGUACAAAAGUGCAAAACCUGAACUUUCCUCAGCUUCCAUUAUUAAAAGUGAUGCAAACUUGUCUUCUCUCCACCCCAAACAGUAUGACAUACCAAAAACACAAGCAUCUUUACCCACAAGUACCAUUGAAGGUGAUGCUGAAACCUCAGAUGAAGACAGGGCAUCUCCUUCUCUCUUAAUGAAUCAAAAUACUUCUGAGCUGGAUUCCAGUGUAGAAAAUUCAGACAGUUCUGGUACAUUAAUUAUGCAACCAACAGCAACAGAUGUCAAUGUUAAUGGAGUAAAGUCAAAGAGUAACAGUAAUUCGGACCUCACUCUUCAUACAACACCGACAAGAAGUGAAUUAAUUAGUAGCAAAUUUGUGGUUACAAAAAUGGAGGUAGAGUCAGACACAGAUUCUAGAGUUGCGUGUAAUAAAUCUGAAAAAAUGAUUAGACCACUCCGAAAGUUUGUUAGGAAAAUAGGCAUUUCUUCAAUUGGCAAACAGGAAAAUGCAAAUCCUGAUGUAAUUACCUUAGAGUGAUUAUCUGUUUACAAGUCUUGCUGGCCUGAUGUGUGCUGGAUGGUAUAACAGUUUUAUUUUUCUCCAUGACUUUAUUACACCUUGUUAUUUACACUGAGGAACAAAGUAAAGCUGAGUCACAGUUUUCUUCCACUUCUUGAAAAAUGAGAAUUAGAAAUCUAUUGAACAUAAAUUCUGUAGAUCAUCAGAGACAAAAUAGUCUCUUCAACAAGCCAUGCCAGAUUUACAUUACCCACUGCUGACUGUUGCUUUAGUUCCUUUCUGUAUGUUAUUGAUCUGUAGACAUUUUGACGUUUUUUGUCCAUGAUUUUUAUCUUGUUGCUACAGCUCUGUGGCACGUAUCAAACUGGUAUUGUAACAAUUUUUUCCAACUUGCCUAGGUUUAAAAAUAUGGAGAGUUUAACCCCCAUAUACCGUGUGAGAUUUGUUUGAAUGGUGCUUAGGUGCAGGUACCUUAUCUGAAGGUCAGUUUCAAACAUUUUAUUUCUUCAUUUUUAUACACCAAAAAUCUGUGAAUAAAUGUGUGUUUGGAUUCAGUAUUCAUUCGUAUCUGAUAAUUGGUGGUGAUGGUAAUGAUGAUAGAAAACUAUGUCACUGAAACCAGACAUGUUCCAUAUUUGAUAACUGGUCAGAAUUAGAAACAGGACUCAUGCUUGGAAAUCCAGUAAUUUGUAAUAGAGCUGUACAGGAGCUAAUAGCCUUCAGUUUAGAGGGUUGAACCAAACUGCAAAGCCCAUGCUUAUAAAGCAGGAGUAAAAAUGAAUGCGAGUAUGCAAAAAGUAAACAGUUACCACUACAUAAAUGAAAUGACAGACUAGCAAGACCUUUUGUGGUUUAAUUAAUGAAUAUUCUUUACAUUUUAAGUAUGUCAUAUAUAUUUAUAUAAUCAUAAAAGUUAAUAUCAUUUGUAAAAAUGUACUACUAUCCUUGUGCGUAAAAAUUAAUAGUAAGAGAAAGGAAAUUGUUUUAUUUAAUUAUGGUAUAUGGUAUAUUUAUGAUUCACCUUAUCUUGCUUACAAUGUAUGCUAUAGUGUUUGUAUUGACAGUUUUAAAUCGUGUACAUAAAUGUAGCCACAUAAGUA